AUGCAACAUCGUAAAGUUAUAAAAAUGGUUUGGUUGCCCCUCCUACUGGCGCUGGGUGUAGCCGCAGCGCAGGAGAGCUGUCUCUCCGUGCAAGACGAUCCUUACCUGAUGUUUGGAACGAAGACCGCUUAUCUAUUUGCUAAUAGAGACCCACGUACCAAAGUGCACGAGGUACCUGGUUGUCAGCCCAUCGCCUUAUUCUUGCUCAGUCGCCAUGGCUCCCACAACCCUGAAGCUGACGAAAUCAACGAGCUCCAAAGACUUGGAGACCUAAAAAACAAUAUACUUACCAAUUACAAUAAUGGCAAUUUCAGGAAUACCAAUCAACGCAUAUGUAGUUCAGACUUGAAUCUUUUACAACGUUGGCAAUGGAACGAUCGGAUCAAUUCAACCUUCGCAGGAGAUCUCACUACAGAUGGUUACAUGACCACACAGCAACUGGCUCAAGCGUGGAAACAGAAGUUUCCAGGUCUUUUGACAACAAACCAACACGACUACUUGUUCAAGUUUGUAAACGACAGACGUUCAAGCAACACCUACAAAGCGUUUACUGAAGGUUUAUUUGGGGACCAAGCUGAAAGCGUCGACAUAUCUAAGGAGAAUGAUGAGAAGAUCCUCAGGCCAUACAAGUCUUGCCCUGUCUGGACGAAGGAUGUUGAAGAGAACAACAUCACAAUUGCCCAAUUAUCCAUCUUCGAAUCUAAACAGGAAUACAAAGAGAUGAUCAGUAACAUCUCGUUACGCCUCGGGUUCAACUAUGACAUGCAGAAGGACACGAUACUGCGGCUAUACCAAAUGUGUCGCUACAACAAGGCGUGGGACGUCACAGCCAUUUCGCCGUGGUGCGCUGCGUUCACCCGCGAAGAUUUGAAACGCCUGGAAUACGCUGAAGACCUAGAAACUUACUACAAGUACGGCUACGGAUCGGCUCUCAACAAGGACAUCGGAUGCGCGACGGUCAAGGAUAUGAUGACCUUCCUCACGAAACAUGUUAACGACGCCGACACGCCACAACAGCCCCGCGUCCUCAUUAGCUUCAGUUCAGCAGUUAUGUUACUUCUCACCAUGACUGCGAUGGGAGCCCAUAAGGACAUCAUACCACUCACCGGUGACAACUACCACUCGGCCAAUGUGCAGGUCAGGAAGUGGACUACUUCGACUAUGAUGCCCUUUAAUGCGAACAUAGCAGCAGUUUUAUACAAGUGCACGCAAAACGGUAAUUUCCAAGUGAGGGAGCCAUACCAAGUUCUAUUCCUUGAGAACGAACGUCCCAUGCACUUCGAAGGAUGCAGGGUCGGACUCUGCGACUGGUCCCUUGUCAAACACCGGUUUGAAGAACUUGCCAAUACUUGUGAUCUGAAAUUCUGUAAUGGAGCGGCCAGAUUCAGUGGUUUAACAGUAAUUGGACUUGCUGCUAUUGUUUUCGUUUUGCGAUAUGUUUGA